CACUCCACUAUACACGACACAAUACACUACACUUAUACAAGUGUAGUGAGUUAUCAGGGAGACAGACGACGUAGUUGAGGCACACUCUUUUAUUUAACCAAAAGGCGGUAACAUUACUUGAAGGGGUAACGGCGCCUUCACCCGUACUCAAUGGGAAACACCCCUAGUACUAUCCCCUGACUUCUCCUAUUCCCAGUCCUCCGCUAUGAGUGCUAGGGGAGGCUAUCUGAUCCGGCCCUGGUCAAGCACGGAUCCCGGCACCCAGCUAACCAGGCCGUGCUCUUACAAGAGCAGCGGUCCUGGAGCUCUUGGGGCCGCGCCACUUGCCCUGCUCGGCCCUGACAAGGACAGCGAGCCAGGGGAGUUCCAGGGCCUAUUCUGCCGGUCUUCAGUCUUCAAUGAGCGGAGGCGGCGCUGCCCCCAUCCUCCGCGCUUGCCCAGGCCUAAAUGGCUGACGGUUGUUGUGGAGGAAGAGGAGACUCCGGUGGAGGAGCUGUUGGUGCAGGAGGAGGAGACCCUGGUGGAGGAGCUGGUGGUGCAGGAGGAGGAGAUCCUGGUGGAGGAGCUGGUGGUGCAGGAGGAGGAGACCCUGUUGGAGGAGCUGGUGGUGCAGGAGGAGGAGACCCUGGUGGAGGAGCUGGUGGUGCAGAAGGAGGAGACCUUGGUGGAGGAGCUGGUGGUGCAGGAGGAGGAGACCCUGGUGCAAGAGCUGGUGGUGCAGGAAGAAGAGGAGAUGAGGGGGGAGACAGAGGAGUUAUGGACGAAGGAGCAGGAGGAUGAGAUGGUGGUGCAGGUGGAGGAGACAUUGGUGGAGAAGAUGGUGGAGAAAGAGAUGACAAGGAAAGAGGAUCAGGUGAUGAUGCAGGAGGAGAAGAGGAAGCGAGGGAGUCUGGCCCGCAUAGGGAGAACCAUCCGUUCACUCCUCCGACUCGUGCUGCUGUGUGGUAGCCGGUCCACCACACAGUAGAGGUGGCUCUGGAAUAACCCCCCAACCCCUCACCUGGGGUCGGGGGGGGGAACUCGGCCUCUCAACGGUCCCGGUUCUCUCUCUAACUCAGGGUGGCACCCCCUGUCGACUCGUGCCCGCAACUACAGGUGGUGUGUGCUUUGCAUUUCCGACGCUACAUAUACAGCAAGAAAUACUCUACAUAUGUAAUAACAGCCAUAGAGGGUUCACGUGGGGAUUGGCUUGCCGGUCCUGCUUUGUAGCCAAUAAGGGUUGAGAUAGGGAGCAUGACCCCGGCGUGAUCACGGCAUGUCAUCAGGAGUGAUUGGCCUAGCCAUUCGGGGCCCCAGCUAAUGGGGAGCCGGAUGAGAGGCGUGGUCCCGGGAUUGACAGGGAACCAUCGAGAAUGGUCAAGGCUGUCCAUGGAGGAUUGGCUGGGGGGACCACGUGAUGGAAGGAUUAAGAGAGAGUGAGAGAGAACGAUCGGGAGCAGACUGGGGAACGAACAGAGCCACGCACGUACGGGGGCUCUGGGUGCCACGUGCGCGGUGGGAACUGGUGUGAAGUCUGCCCGCUCUCUGUUGUCUGCCAGCAACAGAGAGUGUGUGAGUAAAGUGUAUUGUGGAAGUGAAAAUAAAGAGGACCGAU